AUGAGUGCUAGUGAGCCGACACUAACGGAAUCCCCGGUCCCCUUGGCGCUAGCUCGCCUGCAGGGCCGCUCGAAUCGAUUGCCCCGCGGCCUGCGCACACAUCGGCCUAGUUUGCCUCUCGCCAGCUUACAAGAAGCAGCCGAUGAAGGUCCUAGACGCUUCAGUGAUGAAACCUUCAAUCGUGAUAUAGAUGAUGACGAGGCCUUCAUCGAAACUGAUGUCGUAAAGCGCUCAGCUUCAAAUGGACGCAGAGCGUCGGAUGCAACAUUUGCUGAGCGUUAUAGAAAACUGAACGAGUUCGAUGGACCUCCAACAGAAAUGCCCCGCCGUGCCUCCCUGGCCGUGCCCGUUGGUGACGGCUACGGACCCAGUGAGAAAGGACGGAGACGAUCCUGGGCAGCGAAAUUGCAACUCGAACGUAAAAAGAGACGGAAGUCGGGUGGCAAUGAUACAGACGAGGAAGGGGAGACGAUAUACAUACGCCAAAAACGUCCGUCUUGGUGGAAUGUUUUUGUGCCAGAUAAUAUGCUUAAAAACAGGUACAGUUUUUUGAUUUAA